CAAACGCAGAUGAUCCUCACAACUUGCGCCGCCUGCGCCGCCCCACUGGCCCACAACGCGCCGCGAUGCGUUAGAUGUUGGACCCGCUAUUGUGACUCGACUUGCCAACAUGACCACUGGCGCCGCGGCCACAAGCAGAUGUGCAAGAAAAUACACCGCGGCGGCAACGCAGAACAGUAUAAUGCAGACAAAAAAUACAAGGAGGCCGUCGCGGUCGCGGUCGAGGCGUGCGCGGACGACGUGAAAGGGCAGACGUGCUACAUCUGCACGCAGGCCCUCCAUUGGAAGACGAAGGAGGGACUCGUGCGCAUGUGUGCGUGCCGCGGGACGGCGGGCUUCGCACACGUGUCGUGUUUGGCCGAGCAGGCGAAGAUUUUGGUCGCGGAGGCCGUGGAGAACAAUUUGGGCGUUGAUGCGAUACAGGCGAGGUGGGAUCGAUGGAAUGUAUGUAGCCUAUGCAAACAAGACUAUCACAGCGUCGUAAAGUGCGCGCUUGGAUGGGGCUGCUGGAAAACGUACCUAGGACGGCCGGAGAAGAACUGGUGUCGGAGAGGUGCAAUAAACCAGCUUGGGAACGGUUUAAUUGCUGCAAACCAGCACGAGGACGCGUUGUCCGUGAGGGAGGCCGAGUUGUCUAUGCUGCGGCGCCUUGGGGGAACAGAAGAACACAUUCUCUUCGUGCAGACUAAUCUUGCGACCACGUAUCGAGCGCUUGGACGGCUUGAAGAGGUCAUGUCACUGCGACAGGUAGUAUACUCUGGUUUUGUGAAGAUCUAUGGCGAUGAACAUAAAGAAUCCCUCAGAGAAGCAUACAAUUACGCGAGUGACCUUUUUGCUGUAAGACGCUUCGCAGAAGCCAAAUCGUUGCUGCGCAAGACAAUACCCGUGGCGCGACGCGUUCUCGGAGAGAGUCACGAGGUCACGCUCAAGAUGAGACAGAAUUACGCGGCGGCCCUCUGCAAUGACCCCGGGGGCGCCACGCUCGACGAUAUCCGUAAGGCCGUGACGACGCUCGAGGACACGGAACGGAUCGCGCGGCGCGUUUUUGGCGGUUCGCACCCAGAGACGACAGCUUUGGAGAAAAACUUGCGAAACGCCCGGGCCGCGCUCCGCGCCCGCGAAACGCCGCUGCCGGUGUAA